AUGUCGGACAGCAAUAACCACCGCGGCUGUUGUCACAGCACAUCUGGUAGUAGUCGCUUACUUAAUGUGUCGAACAAACACCUUUUGGUGUGUUCUGUUGGAAAUCAGAUAGAUCAGCAACAGAAUCCAUAUGUACUGACCUAUGAACAAAACUACCGACUUUCCCCACUGAACACUAACGACAUAAACUGUGCGAGGCAUGGAGUCAAGUGCCAGUAUACAGAACACGAGUUUCGGAAAGCAACUCAAAUGACUGUACCAAAGGCCAACGUGACAUCGGCAUGCACUGAACUAUUUAGAUCUGACUUGUACAACAUAAAAAACAGACAUUUUGAUGGUUCUAAAGUUGUGUUUCGUAAAGCUAAACCAAUAGCAGCAAGGAUGACCUUCAAGUGUGAGCAGAGAAUAUAUCAGAAUGGUCAGCAACAGCCCACACCAUCAGACAUCAGCUCUAGAUACCGUCCUGUCCAUCCACUUUUUUUCCGCAAUAUAUCCAGCCAGAUGUGGAGAAAUCCGGACAGAAAGCCACAACUUCCACAGUUGACUUGCCGAGGAAGUUACCAUUAGAUGAAUGAAGAUUUGUUACUGGAGAAUGGGAAGCAUGAACGCAGACAUACAUUAAAAAAAACACUUACAUAUAUAUAUGGCUACGUAGACAACAGAAAUGAAUUAAGACAACAUAAUUUGCAUGGAACUACCUAGAAAUAAAAUUGUACUAAGAA